UUAUUUUUGGCUUUUGCAGAAAGCCAAAACAAUAAUUAACAAAAAUAAGGAUUAACUGGGUCAUACCACUGCCUUCUGAUGACAUCUCUCUCCCUCAUCCUUAAAGGCUAUUAUGUCUAUUCAAGAAUUUCAGUUCCAAGAGCCAGAGCAGGAACAGGAUAAAUCAAAUAGUCUAUUCUUCACUAGUUCAGAAAGAAAUGAAUUAAGUGAUAAUCCAUCAAGGAAAGAUUCUCCUAAAAGAACUCUUCCCAAUGCAAAUGUAAGCGGAGGAAGGCCAGAUAGCAAAGCCUCGAAUUAUUUUAUAGCCCUAGAUUCAACUAUUGAAAAUCUUCAGGAAAGAACACAGAAACUAAUUGAUAAGAUUAAUGAGAAUAGGAAGAAAGACCAUGUACUCAUGAACAACUUCAGAGAAAGUCUUCUGAUGAAGGUUUCAAGCUUGGCAGAGAAACUGGAGGAAAGCGUAUUUCCUGUUUAUGAUCAUAACAACAAGCUCAUUCAGGAUAAGCUGCAAGAGCUUUCUGAGAUCAUGGAGAGGAUCAGACAGAUUGAAACUGAACUCAGGCAGGUCUGUCAUACUGUGGAGAUGAUGUAUAAAGACCUGUGUGGUCAGUCUGAAUUGUGAUUACAUGGGAAAAAAAUAAGGGAAGGGGAAAGAAUGAAAUAAGAAAAAAUAAAUAAAUUUGUGUGUCAAUAAGUAGUAAGAAAUCUGGGCUACAGCCUUUGAAUUGCAAGGUGGCACCUACAUCUAUUCUGUUCAUAUCUAAGUUUAUUUUCAAGCACUUUUUUGGUUCUUCAUUACUCAUUUGCAAAUGAGUCACCUUCCAGUACAUAAUCUCAAUAAAAUUACAAUUAUAUUAGUAUACUGUAAUUCAUUCUCUUUUCAAAAAGUGUGAACCAUUAGCAGUGCUUAGUGAGGUACAAAAUAAACGAAUGUCCUAGCAAAUGUAGUCAGUGCAUAAGAACAUGGUACUCACUUGUUUUGUCUGUUUUCCUUUUCUCAUUCCAUAUAAUGGACAGUUUCAGCAAGGCAAAUCCUUCUUCAGCUGAGUUUCUUUAGUUUGCUGACUAAUAGAGCUCAAUCAGGAUGUUGCUAUUGGGGAAUCUCUUUGAGUCAUUACAAUACAACUUUGGUCAAGAACAUGAAGUGCUAUAAGGAAAGUUUAAGUUGACACUGACUGGAUAAAACAUCUAUAGGUACUCAGCUGAAAGUCUCAGAUUUAUAGUAUGAAAGUAUAAGAAAAAAAAAGUAGCAAUUAUCUGUAAAAGUAACUUAGGACACAGAAGAUAUCCAGUGCCAGCUCACUGACAAGAGAAAUGAAUAUUAACUUAUUUAAAAUUUGGUAGACAUUCCUACUUUGAACAUAAAUGUUCACAAAUGCACCA